UAUCUGUGCUUUGUUUUCUCACAAAUACAAUCUCUGUUUGCCUCUCAGGAUUCUCUGAAGUCUGCUAUCUUUCUGCGUGGCUAAGCAUUUUAGGAUCAGAUCUGAGUUUAAUUGUGCUAGCCAUCUUUCUCUGAGUCUCCAAGCAUAAUGGCUGAACUCGUCCUCAACUUCGUCACCCCAAUCAUAGAGAAUGCAGUUUCCAAAGCAAUUUCACUUGCUUCUGCACAGAUCAGCAUGGCGUGGGGUCUGAAGAGGGAGCUUGGAAAGCUUUCUCGAACACUAACUAUGAUCCAAGGAUUGCUUCAAGAUGCGGAAGGGAGGCAGGAAAGCAAUCCAGCCAUAUGGAAUUGGUUACAGGACCUCAGAGAUGUAGCUUAUGAUGCAGUGGAUGUACUGGAUGAGUACGGUUAUGAGGUUCUUAAGCACAAAGUUCAGAUUAAUGAGUCUCUGGUUAGAAUCAAAGACAAUGGGGUUUUGGUUUUGCUGAUCAGAUGUAAUGACCAAAGUCAUUCUACUGCCAGUGUUAGGCAAUAUCCUAAGACAGAUUCCAUCCUCGACUGUUCAAAAGUUGUUGGAAGGCAUAAUGAUGUCUUAAAAAUUGUCAACAUGUUAGAUAACAUAAGGAGUCAACAUGUCCUCUCUGGCAUUUCAAUAGUAGGCUUUGGGGGCAUAGGCAAGACAACAUUAGCGAAGUCAAUAUGCAGUAUGGUAAAAGAACAAAAGUUGUAUGACCUGGUGGCUUGGGUUUGUGUGUCUGAGGAAUUUGAUGAGAAAAUAAUAUUAGGAGAUAUGUUAGAAUACCUUGAUAGUUCUGUUGGUCGUAUGAAUAAUAUAGAUGCACUUAUUCAGAAGCUUGGGCAGGAGUUAGAAAAUAGAAAAUUUCUUCUAGUUCUUGAUGAUGUGUGGAAUGAUGAUAGAGACAAGUGGGAUAGUUUCAUAUCUCGUUUGUUAAAAAUUUUAAAAACCAGUGGAAACUCCAUUCUUGUGACUACUCGUAGUGUUAAGGUAGCAUCCAUAAUGAAGGCACUUCCAAUGCAAAAACAUGAUAUGGUAAAGCUAUCAGAUCAUGAAUGUUGGUUGAUAAUUGAGGACGUAGUUCUCAGAUCAUCAACGGAAACUUCAAUACCUUUGGAUUUAGAAGGUAUUGGACAAGAAAUUGCCAAAAAAUGUGGGGGGUUGCCAUUAGUUGCAAGUGUAAUUGGAGGAACAUUGAGUCGUGAAAUGAAGACAGAUAAGUGGCAAGAGAUUCUUGAUGAUGAAGCAUGGAUGUUGCAAGAUGAAAAUAAGAAGAUUUUAUCUGUGCUGAAAAUGAGUUUUGAUCGUUUGCCUUCAUCCUUUUUAAAAAAGUGCUUCUCUUAUUGUUCAAUUUUUCCCAAGGAUGCUGUCAUUUUCAAAGAUGAUUUAAUUCAACUCUGGAUGGCUCAAGGGUUUGUUCACAGAUCUAAUGGAGGCCUCGUGGAAAUGGAGGAUAUUGGUGACGAGUACUUCAAUGAGUUGUUAUCUAAUGCUUUAUUCCAAGAUAUUGAAUUGGAUUUUUAUGGAAAUAUUGAAUCUUGCAGAAUGCAUGAUCUAGUGCAUGAUCUUGCAUUGCUUGUUUCAAAAGGUGAAACCUUGAUUUGGGAUACCAGUUGCAACAUGGAUGACCAAAAUUGUAGUACUAUUCGACAUUUAAGAGUCAAGUCUGAUGGAAAGGAUCUUCCAACCAUUCCAAAAAGUAUUGCUCAAAGGUUGCAUUCUUUGUUUUCGGAGGUUGGUGUCUUCUGUAGCAUGGCAUCAGAUCUUAAAAGCUUGAGAUCUUUAAAAUUAAUGAGAGAUAAGGAAAAGGAGUUGCCAGAUUCUCUCGGAAAAUUGAAGCAUUUGAGGUACCUUGACAUCUCAAGAACUAAUGUCAUAGCAGUACCAAAAUCCUUCUCUAAGCUCUAUAAUUUGCAGACUUCAAAAUUUACCGACGGCUAUUAUGUUGAAAAGCUUCCCAAGCUUCCCAAUGGCAUGGCAAAUCUCAUCAGCUUGAGGCAUAUCUAUUCUGAUCAUCCAUGGGAUAUAUCCAUUAUGCAGUUAACUUCCCUUCGAACACUACUAUCACCCUUUGUUGUCGGCACAAAAAAGGGAUGCCAGAUUGAAGACCUUGGAUGCAUAACCAAACUUGGAGGAAAACUAGAGAUUUUGAAGCUCGAAUAUGUAAGAUCCAAAUCAGAAGCCUCUAAAGCAAACCUGAAAGAAAAGACAAAAUUGCAUCAAUUGCAAUUAUGCUGGAAUAGUCGGCAUGAAAGAGCAGUCAACAAUAACAACAAUGAUGAAGAGGUUCUAGAAAGCCUUCAGCCUCAUUCAACUUUGAAAAGCCUCACUAUUGAUGGUUACAUAGGAAAGAGGUUUCCAUCUUGGAUGGUGAAUGAUGUCAAUAGUUCUGGUUCUUCAUUCCUUCUUGACAACAUGGCCUCGCUUGAAUUAUUGAUCUUGUUCGGAUGGGAUAAACUAAAGUCUCUGCCACAUCAGCUUCGACAUCUCACUGCCCUCAAGCAAUUGAUGUUAGAGAACUUCAAUGGCCUAGAAGCUUUGCCAGAGUGGUUGGGAGACCUCUCUUCUCUUCAUAGGCUGGAGAUCUUGAAUUGCUCUAAUUUGACUCAUUUGCCUUCUAUUGAAGCCAUGCGACGCCUCUCCAACUUACAAUAUCUUUGCAUUUGGGAUUGUCCUAAAUUGAAGAAAAGAUGCGCCAAAAAGAGGGGCCUCGAAUGGUCCAAGAUAGGCCUCGAAUGGUCCAAGAUAUCCCACAUUCACAAUAUCAGUAUAGAUUGGGAGGACGUGAGGCAGGGGGAAUGCAAAUUCUCCAUGGGCCUCAGAGUUCAUCCAAAGCUAGCAUCAAUCAUUCCAGUAGCCAUCGCCGAAUUGUGAACUCAUGCAUAAUCAAAUGCUUAGAUUAGCCAACUGUAAAUUUCUGAUGGAGUAGAAGACUGGCAAGACUGACAAUCAAAAGCUUUCAUUUUUAAGGCAAUCUAAUUUUCCUGCUCUGAAACCAAAAAUAUCAUGAUGACUGGAGGGUGAUUUUCAUGCUGGGGACCCAACCAGAUGAGUGGUCCUCUCUUUGAGUUGUUGAUGCUCAUAAACAGAUUUAGCUAUUCUACAGCCGUGUAGUUUUUGAAUUAUGACCACAUUUUGAGGCGCAAGUUUACUGGUAUAUAGACUUCUGUCUUGCUGAUCAAAGUCUUGAGCUGUCUCAGAUUGCCAAUUUAAGUGGACUGCCCUGCAAAGGGUCUUGUGGUUUUAUGGUAGAAUAUCUCUUUCAACUGCCAACAACUGAAGAAGAUGACAUGCAAUCAACAAAUGGAGGGAAGUGAAACUGACAAUCAGAUCCCUGUGCACCAAGUUAUUGCAUGUAGGACGGUCUCAAUGGCAUCAAUGUGGUUAUGAUAGAGUUAUAACUCCGGAUUUAUCAAACAAUGGCUUAAUCAGAGAAGUGCAAAACUUUUGUCUCAGCUAGUCUUAUUGAAGAAAAUGAGGAGAUGGGGAAUGCAAUGAAAACAGAAUGAUUGGAGUUGGAAUUCAGUAUAUUUCAGUGUUCAUCAAAGCUUUGAAAACAUUUUUGAGAGUGCAUGUAGCAGUUCAUAAUUUGUUUCGUUUAGAUUCAUGUCUUGAAGCAGAUGUGAACAAGAUUAUAUGCUUCACUUUCUAAAAUGCAAGGAGCAAUUGGAGAUAUAUGAACGAGAAAAAAGAGUACACCAAAAGAAAAGUGCCUCUGUUCUUUGCCUUGGGAAGCUAUGGCAGAAAUCUACUGCGGCUCAUUAAGUGUCUUCAAGCAGAUGCUGUAAUAUGUUUCAUCGUCUGAACUUAUGCCUGUUUCAUUCUCAUUUGUUCUCCAUUUUCCUGUUGUAUUACUUGGUUUCUCUUUCCUUUUGCUGUUCUUGUGAUUGUUUGAAGAUGAUUUUGCAACACUCUCUUGAUAUGGUGGAGCUAUUUUUCAUGGACCGGAGGUCCCGUGGUUUUUACUCUUCGAUUUGAAGGGGUUUUCCAUGUAAAAAUUGUGCUGUCUCCUAUGUGUGUUCAUUUGCUUGAGCCAUUUUCAUUUGUUUACAUGUUUAAUUACUGUCGUAUUUGUUGAUCUGAAAAAGAAACUAAUCUCAUAAAC